AGUACGCGCCGCGGCACCACUCGAAAAGGUCGCGUUUGCGAUCAAACCUCCAUGGUCAGACUUAUCGCGUUUCGUAUAUUAUUACAUGUUAUUGGUCUGUGCUACGUUUUGUUUUUAAUUUUCUAACGGCUUUUAGUUGUAGACUUAACGUAAUAGAGUAGUUGAUCGUAAAGCUUAAACAAUUGUAUAGUGAUGGCAGAGACUACAGACAGGCACAAACAAUAAAUGUGUUCAAUAUGGAAGCGCACAAUAGUGAACGCGUUAUUAAACUGUGUACUGAUGAAGAAACUUAAAACUGCCGUCAGGAAGUGGCGAAGAAUGCGAUUUUUCAGGAAACAGCAUGAUCUAUCUAUGACGCGGCAAAUUUCCACGGAUCCUGCUCCAUCCACUUCAGGCACACCUGCUCAUCUCCCAAGGCCACCACCUGUAGAACUGCUACAAUUGGAACCCGAUGAAGGACAAAGGCUACGUGAACAACAGUUAAGACAUUACACAUUCUUCCAAUUAAGAAUACACUUGAAAAGGGGACAAAAUUUAAUCGCAAUGGACAAAAAUGGUUUGUUGUCAGGAACGAGCGAUCCUUAUGUGAAGUUCAAAUCUGGAGGAAGACUACUGCACAAAUCGAAAAUUGUAUACAGAGAUUUGAAUCCAGUAUGGGACGAGUGCUUCACUGUUCCAAUAGAGGACCCCUUCCUACCAGUACAAUUAAAGGUUUUUGAUUACGACUGGGGCCUCCAGGAUGACUUCAUGGGAUCCUGUCACAUAGAUCUGACCGCGCUAGAGCUCGGCAGACCUCAAGACCUAGUGUUGUGCCUCCGGGACCCGAGUAAACCCAACCAGGAUAUGGGAGAGAUUGUUCUGAAUGUUACUCUCUGGCCUAAAUCUCAGGAAGAUAAAGAACAGUAUUUAAUGAAGAAUACACGAUUAAGCGAUGUGAACAAACGUUUGAAAGCACAGAUCUGGAGCUCAGUAGUGACCAUCGUGCUGGUCGAAGCCAAGAACCUGCCGCCCAUGGACCUGGACACUCGGUCCAGUGACCCUUAUUGUAAGUUUAGAUUAGGUAAUGAAAAAUAUAAAAGUAAAGUGGUUUGGAAAUCUUUGCAUCCAUCCUGGUUGGAGCAGUUCGAUCUUCAUCUCUAUGAUGAUCAGGAACAAAUCCUAGAAGUAACAGUUUGGGAUAAGGAUAAACAAACAAAGGAUGAUUUCAUUGGAAGGUGUGCAAUAGAUUUAUCGAAAUUAGAAAGGGAGAAAACUCACAAUAUCUGGCAAGACUUAGAAGAUGGCAACGGGCAAAUAUUCCUUUUAUUAACAAUCAGUGGGACUACACAGUCGGAGACGAUCACUGAUCUUGGUAGUUAUAGGGAAAACCCAAGAGAUAGAGAAAUUGUUGAAAGACGAUAUGCUUGGUACCGUCUCAACGAGAACUCCAGUGGCGUUGGUUGGCUGUGUGUCAAAGUGUUCGGUGCCAAAGGUCUGGCGGCGGCAGAUCUCGGCGGCAAAUCUGAUCCUUUCUGCGUUUUGGAACUGGGCAAUGCGAGGUUGCAAACACACACAGAGUACAAAACACUUUGUCCUAACUGGAUGAAGAUAUUUACAUUCACAGUCAAAGAUAUAAGUUCAAUAUUAGAAUUAACUGUAUACGAUGAAGACCACGAUCAUAAAGUUGAGUUCUUGGGAAAACUAGCAAUACCGCUCCUGAGCAUUAGAAACGGUGAGAAGCGCUGGUACGCAUUGAAAGACAAGAAGAUGAGGGCUCGAGCGAAAGGAAACUACCCGCAAAUACAACUCGAGAUGACUGUGAUAUGGAAUCCUCUAAAAGGAGCUAUUCGUGUUAUAAAUCCAAAAGAGCCUAAAUAUAUGCAUCAAGAAGCAAAGUUCAAGAGGCAGCUUUUUAUAAGGAACGUGAUGAGGCUAAAAGCAAUAAUCAUGUGGUUUAUAGAAGUCGGGAAAAUUUUACAAGACUGUUUUGAGUGGGAAUCGAGGGUGUUAUCAUUUUUUGGACUCCUUCUUUGGUUGGCUUUCUGCUACUAUUAUCAAAUGUGGAUGUUACCGUUUCUUAUUCUCAUCUUCUUCGGAAGGAACUGGCUAAUUUAUAGGUUAACUGGUGGCAAUCCUUUACUAUUGCCAGUAAAUGAUGAUGACUUAUUAGCAGAAGAAGAUGACGACGAAGAAGCAGAUAAGGAGGAAAAGAAAUCACUGAAAGAAAGAUUACAAGCUAUACAAGAAGUAACACAAACGGUCCAAAAUGCUAUUGGUUACGUAGCAUCGUUGGGAGAAGCUGUUAAAAAUUUGAUGAACUUCACUGUGCCAUAUCUAAGUUAUUUAGCAAUAAUCAUGUUAUUUGGAGCAAUGUUAGUUUUAUACGUUAUACCAUUGAGAUAUCUUUUAAUGGCAUGGGGUAUUAAUAAAUUUACAAGAAAAAUAUUACGUCCACACACCAUACCUAACAACGAAGUAUUAGACCUUUUAUCAAGAGUACCUGACGACGAAACAUUGUUGGACUGCAGAGAAAUAAAACCGCAACCACCUAAUGAACACCGACGUGACGCAAGAAAGAAACAUAAGGCUGCAUAACAAAUCCCUUCAUCGGUCCGACAGAGGAUCAAACAAUACUUCUACGAGUUAUUCAACAGCAGGGAAUCUGAAAAGGAAUAACUAUUUUUAAAGAAAUUGAAAUACCUAGACAAUUGUUAUACUAAAAUGACAACGUAGAUCCUUUAAAUAAAUGUCAAUCCAUCCCCAAUUUCGUAGUGAUAUAUUAGAAAGAUCUCUGAUUGGUCAAAACGGAUUACUUGUUUGACAUAAUAAACUGAGAUUUAUGUUUUUAAUUGUUGAAGUAUAAUUUUUAAAAACUUUAAUUUUGUUACUUAAUUCCAGUUGUAAUUAAGUGCCUAUCUAAAAACAUAUUUGGUUAACAAUUUGUAUUGCUAAAGGCCAGUCCACACUGGAGGUUAUAUUGUAAUUUAAACCGUCAUUUGCGCAAACGUCCAUUAAAACUGUCAUUAGUUUAAAACGAUAUUACUGAUAUAAAUAUGACAUUCAUUAGAGCUUAAAGGCGUUAUUAAACCUUAAUGAUCGUUUGUGCAACUGGCCAAAAAUGAUAGUUUUUUUCUAUGAACGAAAUAAUGACAGUUAUUCAUUUACGUUAAUUAAAUAUGGUUACAUUUAAAAAUAAAGAUAAAGUCAAGUUUUAAUACC